AUGGCUGCCUUUGUAAAAACGGCACGAACACACCCGCCGCAUCAACGGCGUCAAACGCCAUUUUCUUCUGCCGUCGUCCCAAUCGACCCCCAGCUUCUCUACGUCGACUUCUUUCCCGCUCGGAAACCCGAUGGCAGCCUGGUUGCGGAGGAGGUGUACAAAGCCCAUCUGUAUCCUGCACGAGCAACUACAAACCCCUUGCCUGAUGACGCUGUGGUCGGUCCAUCGAAAACGCUUUCCAUUAUUAUCCCGCCACGCCCAACUCACUCUCUAGGCCAAUCGACUGGCCAAAUUGAUCAAGAACUUCUCGAAGCUGAUUUCGAUGUGAACGACGAUGCGUUGACGGAGCAGUAUGACGUGGGUGAGGGGGUCGCGGAAGCCGUAUUUGGUGCCCUUGAAACAGGUGGCCUCGAAGAAGAGGAUGAGGAUGAGCAGUUGGAGGACAUGGACCUGGACGACAAUGCAAGCCAUAAGCAGUUUCAGACAAGUGUGCGCAUGUCAGCGGCUCAACGAACGGAAGCCAACAGGAGGGCAGGAGGCAAAAAGACGCAGAAAUGCGUCGUGAAGUCGUGGAACAUUUUUCAGAAAGAAGCACUCGCAGCGGGAAAACUGCGCGAUGACAUAGUCGACGAGCAUGCCCUGCUCCUCUUCAUUGACUUCUGCGCUAGGCGUUGCAAGCGAGAUCGUCGAGGAGAGUACAUACCCAAUACUCGCAUCGGCGCCUCACAGAUCAAGAAAGAGUUCUUCGGCGCCCUACGUAUCCGAAAGGUGCAAGAUGCUCGAGAUCCAACUUUGGCUAUCAAGCGGCCUGCCACGACCGCCCAUGUUUACGAUGCGGUCAAGACUCGCAUGGACGAGGCCCUGCAAAAUGCACGCGAAGGGCUCAUUCCUGCUGAGGAUGCCCAUGCUGCAGGGUUAAAAGGUUGUGGGGAACUCACCGCUCGCGGGCUUGCCAAAUGCGGCUUUGGGGACGAGCUUCUCACUGCCUUCAACACCUUGGACGAUAAAAAUCUAUCUGAAUUUUUUGUAGCCUGGGUAACAAGUAUCCGCGAAGAGCUGGUUUCAAAUAGCCAGGGAUUUCUCCCAUCGCGUCGACCAGGACUUGCAGCCACCAUCCCUCCUAAUUUUCCACCCUUGAACAUCAUCAAUCUCUAUGUCCGACCUGAAACGAGCAAAUUGUUCCCGUUCAGCCUUGAUUGGAAACCUUGCGAGGUUCGCAUCAACAAGCUCGCAUCAUUUGGAGCUGAAUACCUUGGUUGGACGGACGCAUCCGCUCUCUAUAAACACUUCCAUUCAAACGUGUGGGAGGGCGUGUUUCUCCAAAUGCUUAUUUCUCGCUGGGUGCUCUAUGAUCCAGACACUCACAUUAUGCGAACGGACAACAUGAACACCACGAUUCUGGAACUUCAACCGAAGCUGCGCCAGACCCGACACGGGGAAGACACACUAGAUGCUACGGCUCUCCUGUCUCAUCUAAAAAAGCUCUCAUUCAAGGAUUCGCCCGCACGUACACCAACCAACUCAGAACCGGCAAAAAUGCUUGUCUGGUCAUUUUUUUGA